GCUACAGCUGUGCAGUGCCGCACUGUGCGGUGCCAUCCAGUGCCAAGCUGUGCAGUGCCGCACUGUGCGGUGCCAUCCAGUGCCAAGCUGUGCAGUGCCGCACUGUGCGGUGCCAUCCAGUGCCAAGCUGUGCAGUGCCGCACUGUGCGGUGCCAUCCAGUGCCAAGCUGUGCAGUGCCGCACUGUGCGGUGCCAUCCAGUGCCAAGCUGUGCAGUGCCGCACUGUGCGGUGCCAUCCAGUGCCAAGCUGUGCAGUGCCGCACUGUGCGGUGCCAUCCAGUGCCAAGCUGUGCAGUGCCGCACUGUGCGGUGCCAUCCAGUGCCAAGCUGUGCAGUGCCGCACUGUGCGGUGCCAUCCAGUGCCAAGCUGUGCAGUGCCGCACUGUGCGGUGCCAUCCAGUGCCAAGCUGUGCAGUGCCGCACUGUGCGGUGCCAUCCAGUGCCAAGCUGUGCAGUGCCGCACUGUGCGGUGCCAUCCAGUGCCAAGCUGUGCAGUGCCGCACUGUGCGGUGCCAUCCAGUGCCAAGCUGUGCAGUGCCGCACUGUGCGGUGCCAUCCAGUGCCAAGCUGUGCAGUGCCGCACUGUGCGGUGCCAUCCAGUGCCAAGCUGUGCAGUGCCGCACUGUGCGGUGCCAUCCAGUGCCAAGCUGUGCAGUGCCGCACUGUGCGGUGCCAUCCAGUGCCAAGCUGUGCAGUGCCGCACUGUGCGGUGCCAUCCAGUGCCAAGCUGUGCAGUGCCGCACUGUGCGGUGCCAUCCAGUGCCAAGCUGUGCAGUGCCGCACUGUGCGGUGCCAUCCAGUGCCAAGCUGUGCAGUGCCGCACUGUGCGGUGCCAUCCAGUGCCAAGCUGUGCAGUGCCGCACUGUGCGGUGCCAUCCAGUGCCAAGCUGUGCAGUGCCGCACUGUGCGGUGCCAUCCAGUGCCAAGCUGUGCAGUGCCGCACUGUGCGGUGCCAUCCAGUGCCAAGCUGUGCAGUGCCGCACUGUGCGGUGCCAUCCAGUGCCAAGCUGUGCAGUGCCGCACUGUGCGGUGCCAUCCAGUGCCAAGCUGUGCAGUGCCGCACUGUGCGGUGCCAUCCAGUGCCAAGCUGUGCAGUGCCGCACUGUGCGGUGCCAUCCAGUGCCAAGCUGUGCAGUGCCGCACUGUGCGGUGCCAUCCAGUGCCAAGCUGUGCAGUGCCGCACUGUGCGGUGCCAUCCAGUGCCAAGCUGUGCAGUGCCGCACUGUGCGGUGCCAUCCAGUGCCAAGCUGUGCAGUGCCGCACUGUGCGGUGCCAUCCAGUGCCAAGCUGUGCAGUGCCGCACUGUGCCGUGCCACCCAGUGCCAAGCUGUGCAGUGCCGCACUAGCCGCCGAGUUCAGGUGGGGGCACGACCCUCCUGGGCCGCUGCUGGAGGGUCAGUGGUGCUUUUCCUUGCCAGGUUUACGGAGCUGGUGGACGGCAGAGGGAGAGUCAGCGCCCCGUUCAGCAGCUCGCCGAAGCAGCCCCUCAGCGUGAGAACACAGCCUGAGGUGCCAGAGAGGCUGGAAAACUUGGAGGAAUCAACCAACCGGGUGGGCCUGGCCCUGCAGCUGCCGGAGUCUGAGAACCAGAAGCGAGAGCGUAAGUCUGGCCGGGGGUUCUGUUCCCAGCUGGGCCCCUGCGCUAACCUGGGAAUCCAGACCCGGCCCCACGGCGCGCUGCGGGGUCAGACCCAGACGCUAGCAGCCCAGCUCCAUGGGGAUCGGGGCCGCAUCUCCCCUGGCCCCGAGGAGGAGGCUGCAGCUGCCUGGGGCAGGGCAGACAAGGCAUCGCCUGGCUGGCGCCUUCCAACCCAGAACGCAAGCUGCAGGCUAGGCCCUGGGGGUGAAAGCACCGGCCCCGCAGGUCCCCAGCCAGACCCCCUGGUCCCCGCAAGGCCCCCAGGCGCCCCCAGCCCGGGCCCCGGAGCCGAGCCGGGUGCAGACGUGUUCUCCGGGGGUGGGCUCGGAGCCAGUGGACCCCCCAGCGGGUGUGUGGGCUACGCCUCCCUUGCAGCCCUGGAGCCUGCCCGCGGGGCUGCUGCACCCAGGCUGGAGGGCCUGACCCUGCGUGUGCUUGCAGGGCAGACGCUGUGA